ACAUCCUCAACUGUAGUUUGCAGUUCGAAAACUGACUAAACAAACUGAGCAUCGAAUUCAGUGCAUUUCGGACUUUUCUCGCAUCAUGUCUCCCAAAGUUCGCAACGACGGAAUCGUAAUUAGUAUUCUACUAUUUCAAGUAAUAAAAAUACCAGCCGUGCCCAUCCAUAAUGGAUUCACUGUGAAAUUUAGUCCCGGCGCACCGAAAGAGGAUAUUAAGCCGAAGACAUUUGGGUCGCUUUUCGCCAAAACUUCGCAAGGAUUGACCCCUCAAGCUCAAAAACUCUCGCAGACGAUUUUAACGCAGGGACUGGGAUGUACGAAUCAUAUCGCGAGACAUUUCGCUAUUGAAUCUAAUUUAUAUAACACGAGUGAAGACAGAAAAAUGGACAUGCUAACCAUCCCUAUUUUAAAAGAGCUCAACGAGACUUACAAAAUAAUCGUGGUGAAGGCGCCAAAAGGUUUCAGAAUCGGUAAACGUGAUUCCGAACAAGCAAUCAUAUACAUUCUUUUCUCAGACGAGGACACAGAAGAAUUUCAUAUACCUGAAGUUUAUUUCGUGAAGAAAAGUCCUAGUGACGUGCUAGACUCCAAAAUUGUGGACCCCGUCAUAAUAGUUAACAACAAUCGUACGAUAACCCGCCUGAGGAGCGCAGAUAUAACUAAAUUUGUUAGAUUUAAAAGUAAAAGAAACAACCGCCACGAAUCUCAGGAGGUAAUAAAGCGAUAACUUUAAGAAAUACUGUUAUCGUUCCAAGUUUAUGAUUCUCAAUUGCAUCUUAAAGUAACUAA